ACUGACUUCAGUCCCGCAACAGCAGCAGCACAACUGCCAAAGAUGAAGAAGGGCGGCAACGGCAAACGCGGUGGUGGUGGUGGCGGUGCGAAGAAGAAGCACAACAAGCACAAGAACACCACAGCGUCAAAGAAGAAGAAAGCACAACACAAGCAGCAGCACCAGCAGCACCAGCACAAGGGCCAACAAGAAACAUUAUUAUUGAAAGAGACAGAGGGGACAACACAACAGAGUGGUGAGAGACAGGGUCCAACAACGCAUGAGCAGCACCAGCAGCACCAGCAGGAUGCAACUGCAACAGUAACUGCAACAGUAACAGCGGCAGCGGCAGCAAAGGAAGCGCGGCGUAAGGAGCUGCAAGCACGGUUGAGAUCAAAACGGGCGGCCCUGCGUGCUGGUCAUGGCCACAGGCAGGUGUGGGCAGACAGGGACCAAGCGCAUGAGCACCAGCACUCAUCCUGCUCGUGCUGCGACGACCACGACCACGACCACGAACAUAGCACGUCCAGUGGCAACGACCACGACGCUGCCCCGGACCGCGACGGUAGUCACGCAGCUCAGGAUCACAAUGCAUCAUACACCAAGCAGUUGCCAGGGGAAUCACAAGCCGAAACUGGAGCGAGUCAUUUGUUGUCGACGAGCAGCAAGAAGGCGUUGUCGGGAGCGAACAGGCAUGCGGCACCGCGUGCCAUGCCAGACUGGCUCACGGGCAAAGCGGGCGACAUCAUGCGUGCGCAGCCGGAAUCACACGAUGACUUUUUGCAGUCACUUCCCUCCAUCAGCAACGGCACCAACCCGUUCUUUACGCGGAUGAUGGCACGCCGCAAGAAAGGUGCAUUGAAGGAGCAACAGCACACGCAAUCGACGCGGGACAAGCGGUUGCAACCAAUGCUGUUCGACGAAGAGCUUGAGGUCCCGGACGUGGAGCCUGUCUUGUUUCCAGACGACGACGCGAACUUGAACCUCCAGACCGACAACUUCUUCGCUGUCACACCAAACGCCACGAACAGCGACCGCAUCCACAGUGAUGAUGAUGACGGCGAUGAUGCAUGGGCGAUGGCAGACGUGCGUCCUCAACGCAUUCCCGUUCACACGGCGAGGAAACCCAGCACUGCUGGUGAUGGUGCUGGUGGCAAUGAGAUGAGUUUGAGGGCUUCCACGCUGUCACCAGAGGCAAAGACAACAAAUGCAGUGACAGUCGCAGCAGCAGGGACCACAACCCAGUCGACCGUGAACGGCAGCAGCAACGGCAGGAGUGAUGAUGAGGCAAUGGCUCUGCUGGAUCAGUUUAUGGCAGACGUGCUGCUGGACGCCAAGUACAACAGCAAUGGUGAUGGCGGUGAUGGCGUGCCUGCAGGCAACGCAACAGUGAUGACCGUGACGACCAAGGGCGCACAGGCGAGCAUGGUGGCACAAUACGGUGAUGGUGGUGGUGGUGGUGGUGAUGGUGGUGAUGUGAUUGUGCCAGUGCGUCGUAACCCACACAGCAACAACAAUUACGAUGACGACGAUGAUGAUGAUAGCGGGAAGGAGGGCGGGGAAGGCGUGGAGAAUGAUGAUGGUGGUGAUGGUCCUGGCUCUGGUGAUGAUGAUGAUGAUGAUGAUCUGUUUGGGAUUUCUCCACCACAACCAUCAUCAACCAUGCUGCAUAUCCUUGGUGAUGGCGCGUGUUCUCUCCUCCCUGGUGAGGCCGAUGAUGACAAGCGUUUCCCAGCAGCACCAGUAACCCGCACAGACCGGUUUCUGGACUUCAAGUCCACCAUCCGAGCUCAUGCAACUGCACAGAUUGCUGGUGGCGAACUGGUGACCUUCACGGCAGUUGAAGGGGAAGAUACGACAACAACGACGACGACGAUGGGUGAUGGUGCUGUCACCACCACCACCACCACCACCACCACAGCCACUCAUCGACAGAUCGCCACGACAACGGCUACCGCACACGACACGGGCAGCAAUGGCACAACCAGCAGCGCCGGCAGCACUGCAAUAGAUACACAAUCAUCACCAUCACCAUCUGUGAGUGCGAGUGCUGUUGAGGCGUUUGCUCUGGAUCCGGACUUUGACUACGACGACAUUGCGCUGACGGCGACACCGCCGCUCCACGCGCAGGUGGCCGCCAUGGCCAGGCAACGCGGUGGUGGUGGUGGUGAUAGAUGAAGGCUGAUGGUAAUGAUAACGGUCGCGCGCGCGCGCGUGUGUGUGGGUGGGUGUGGGUGUGUGGGUGGGUGCGCGCGCGCCUGUCAUUGGGGCGCUGCUUUUGUACUCUGAACGGCCGAUUGUCUAUGAGCGGGCUGUUUAUGUUGAACGUAUGAGACAGUUACUUUUUCACACAUGACAUUAGAAACGGGCAGCAAUUAC